UGAAAUCGGUUUACGUUACUUUAUGCACAUAACAAUGCCCAGCAGUGUAGGAUAUCGGCAGUGUUGUGGCUUUCAGCGUCAAACGAGGACGCUCAAUACAUAGUCUGCCUGACAUUAUGUAAAACGGUUAGCAGACGGUAUCCCCCACCAGAGGAAGAUGAGGCACCGGCAAGGUAAAACGGUUGAGCAUAAAUACCAUGGAGGUAAAGAAAAUGGGGCAAAUUCGAACAGCAGAAACAAGAAAUUGAAACAACACAAUAUUUCUGAAGAGGAAAACCAUUCGGAGGAAGAACAUAUAUUUCCAAAUUGGUCGCCAUGGAUACUUUAUGCCGCUACUUUGGUGAUGCGUGUAACUUAUAUAAACCGGAAAUCUAAUUGGUGGAUUUACCAUCCAGACGAGAUAUAUCAAUCUAUUGAAGUUGGAUUUUCUGAGGCAUCUGGUCAUGGUUUUCGAACCUACGAAUACCUCCCUCCGCCAACAAACGUAACCACUUCCGUGGAAGAACAGGAAGUUAAAAAUGGGAUGUUUAGUAUGCGUUCCUUCCUGUUCCCGCUCUUUUACACGCUUGUAUUCAAAAUGGCGGCCAUAGUGGGAUACGAAUAUAAUCCAUAUCUGUUGGGAAGACUCUUCCACGUCAUCAUUACAACACUACUUCCGGUGUCUGUGUUCAACUUUUCUCGGACUUUGUAUAAGAACCCGGAUGUGGCAUGGAUGGCCGCUAUAUUCGUUUCAUUUUCACAAAUUCUGACCGUGUUAGGUACUCAUACCCUGGUCAACAGUUUCCUUUCACCCUUUGUAUUUUAUGCCAUGUCUGUAGUUGUGGCGUCUAUGUUUGACCCUGGCCAACAACCUGUCGAGGAGACUCAAUACAGUCAGUAUUCAAACGGUGUAACAACAAAUGGCCAUAUACCAGACUUAUCAGGAAAUAAUGGAUCAGAGACAAAACUGAACAAGUCGCAUCAAAAUGGAUAUAAAAGCAUAACGAAUGGAACACACAAACUUGGUGAAAAUGGUAAAUAUCAAAAUGGGUUCUCUACUUCACCGUUAGGAAUUCUCAAAGAACAAUCUGCUGGUGAUAGACAAAAGACGGAAAUGUUUGGACAGCGCUCAUCACUUUCAAAACUGUUAGGAAGUGGAUUCGUCUUAGGCGUCGCGUGUUACAUCAGAACAGACAUUGCGUUAUUUGGUGUAGUGCUGGUCACCUUGUUUUCUAUAGAGAGUUUGUACCAAAACGUCUCCAAUGUAUGGAAAUUAUGGACAAGGUUUCUUCAUUCGGGGUGUGGAUUCAUUUUAGGUGUCUGCCUUGGAGGUUUCGUGGACAAACAGAUGUAUGGAACUUGGUUUUUGUCUCCUCUUCAGUGGUACCGCAUCAACAUCAGAACAAACCUCUCAAGUAUUUUGUUUGGUUCCAGCAGUUUUGAUGUUUACAUAGACGGGAUAUUUCUCCAGAGUACGUUUACUGGUUUGUUUUAUUCUGUGUCCGCCAUUGCUUUUUGUAUUUUAGCAACUACAAAGAAUAAAAGCAUAGAUCAAACAGAAAAAAGACACACAAUUGUACUGUGUGUUGCUAGCAUUAUACUUUUCUGUGCGUAUUCCAUGGUCGAACAUAAAGAAGUGAGGUUUCUCCACAACGUCAUCGUCCUCCUUUUGAUGACGUCAGCUUUUUCGUUGCACUUCGUCAUCAAUCAUAUGCUACAUUUGUCUCAUCGUAGGUCACAAUGUGUGUUUUAUUUAUUAAUCGUGUCUUACGUCAUCAAUACCUAUUUUACAUUUCCGUCCAUAAAUUAUAAUCCAAACACGUUAACAACCAAGAGGAUGAAGGAAUCAGCGGAAGUCAAUGCUUGCCUAGAAUUUAUUUCUCGUCAACCAAACGUCUCGGGAGUUUUCGUUGACUCGAGUCUAUAUCAAAUGGCGGGGCUUUCUAUCAUCAAGCACAAUGUGCCACUAGUCAUACUAAUUCAUAAUGAGUACCAUGAGUAUCCGAAUGCAACGUCAUCAUUCCUUAAACCAGGAAUUCGUGUUGUUAACAGGUUUUCCGACUUCAUCCACUCCUCCAAUAUUGUUUACGUAACCAAACAUCUUCUUCAAGGAAUGACAUACAGUUACAUAGUGACCAACCGUAUUCGGGAAUCCUCGUUCGGAAACAUUGGAUACAAAACAGUUUUUGCAUACGGAACACACUUGGUUCUUCAUAGAACAUUAACUAGUCAGGAAAGAGAGCUUCGCACGAAAAUAUGCCACGAGUUUAGCGGACGGCGAUAAUGCAACAGUAUUAGAAUACGAAGCUAGUUGGUUGUUUACUGCUGGUCUGUAUCUGAAGUCCAUCCAUCGCGCAGAGAGUGCUCUUCAAGUGAACGACCAACGAAUUCGACCAUUUCAAAUCAUUGGAUUGUCGUACGUCAGAUUGAACCAGUGGGUAGAUGCACGCAAGAUAGAACAGCGGUGUUUUAAUCGUCACGGGGAAGCAAAGUGUCGGGAACCACAAUCGAGAGUUGUUCUCCACGAGGAGUACAUACCAUUUGAUGAAGCAAACUCUCGCCAACAAUUGUAAUCGAGAGUACUAGUACUUCCAUUUGAUGAGACUAGGCCAAGUCUCUGAAGCUAUUAUAGUCGACAUUACUAGUACGUUCAUUUGAUGAGCAAUCUCUAAGCAACUGUUGUAGUGAUUUUUAUUUAUUUAUUUAUUUUCUUUAUAGCUUUAUUGUAUUCAUUCUUUUGUAACAAGCGACCGUUUAUAAUUUAUUGGUAUAUGGUGCUAAGUUCUUUAGAAUAAUAGAUCGUUCAGCACAGUAGAUCAAAAGAUAAAUGGCAUUCAGUCCAAAGUACGCAACUUCAAAAAGAUUACAAAAUAUCAAAAUAGAUGUCUACAGGAAUUGGCAAAUGAUGUUCUUUUGUCUUUAUGCUUAAUGUUGUUGGGGUUUUUUUUUUG